AUGGGUAAAACUACCAUCGUGAGAGCUAUUUAUGAUAUAAUUGGUGGCCAUUUUAAGUACACAAGUUUUCUUGCUAAUAUCAAGGGUAAAUGGGAGGACGAUGAUAAUGGUCAACUUCUGUCACUAAGUCAACAUCUGAACCAUAUGAAACAAGGAACUUAUGAAAGAGCCCUAGUGGUAAUUGAUGGUGUAAAUCAAGUAGCCGAACUCGAUAACCUGUGUAGAAAUAGACAACAGUUUGGUAAAGGGAGUUUGAUUUUGAUUACAACAAGAGAACAGCUACUUGAUAACUUUGUUGACAAAUCAUAUGAAAUGAAAAAGUUGGACAACAAUGAAUCUUUUGAGCUUUUCAGUUGGCAUGCAUUUAAAAGCUUUGAUCCAACAAAUGAUUUUGUGAAUCCAUCUAGGAAAAUAAUUCCUUUAUGUGAAGGGCUACCAUUGAUUCUUGAAGUUGUAGGCUCUCUUUUGUGUAAUAAGGAAAAAUCAGAGUGGAAAAAAGUAUUGAAUAAAUUAAAAGAUGUUCCAAAAGGCCAUAUACAACGUAAGCUUAAAAUAGGCCUGGACCUUUUGGCUGAUGCAGAAAAGGAAUUAUUUUGUGACAUAGCACACUUUCAUGUGGGUCGGAGUAUUAGUGAUUUUAUAAAUUUGUUUAUGGACUCAACGGCAAUGCAAGUACUUGUAGAGUGCGGCCUUGUAAAGGUUAUCAAUGACAAGAUUCAUGUGCAUGAUUUGCUGCAAGAGAUAGGGAGGGGAAUCACUACAGACAAUAAGCCAAAAUUCACAUGUCUCUAUGAUGUAUUCUUAAGUUUUAGAGGUGGGGAUACGCAUAAAUCAUUUACCACUCAUCUUUAUAAUGCUAUGAAACAAGUAGGAAUUGAGGUUUUCAUGGAUGAAGAAAGGAUUGACAGGGGGGAACACAUUUCAACUUCGUUACUGGGGGCAAUUGAAAAUUCUAGAAUUUCAAUCAUUAUAUUCUCAACAAAUUAUGCCGGCUCUAGUUGGUGCUUGCAAGAAUUAGAGAAAAUCAUGGAGUGUUACAAAACUCAUCAAGAGGUUUUCCCUAUAUUCUAUGAUGUGCACCCAUCUGAUGUCCGUAAACAACAAAAUGCCUUUGGAAAAGCAUGGGAAAGACUUACAACAAGACCCUCAGGUAGCAAGGGUAAGAAAUUCACAAACAAUUUGAAGAGGGUCCUUGCUGAGGCUGCCAACCUAUCAGGGUGGGACAUGCAAAACUAUAGAACUGAGACUGAGUUACUUGACGAUGUUGUGAAAACUAUCACAAUGAGGCUAGACAAUAGCAAAUACAUGUUUGUUGCUCACCAUCCAGUGGGUUUGGAGUCUCGAGUGCAAGAUAUCAUCCAACUGCUAAGUAGUGAAUCAAAUGACAUCAUCGUAAUAGGCAUUUUGGGGAUGGGAGGAAUUGGCAAGACCACGGUGGCUAAAACUAUUUACAAUGAAAUGGGCCAAAGUUUUGUGGGAAAGAGUUUCCUUGCAAAUAUUAGGGAAGUAUGGAAACAAGAUAAUGGUCAAGUUUAUUUGCAAGAACAACUUAUUUCUAGUAUCUUCAAAACAAGACGGAUCAAGCUACCAAAUGCGGGGAGGGGGAAAUCUCUAAUCAAGGAAAUUCUUUGUCAAAAAAGAGUAUUUUUUGUAUUAGAUGAUGUCAAUAAUGAAGAACAACUCAAAGUUUUAUGUGGGAGUCAUGAAUGGUUUGGCCAAGGAAGCAGAAUAAUUAUUACGACAAGAGACCAACGUUUACGUCAAAUCCUUCAAGUGGAUAAAGUAUUUAGUGCAAGGGAAAUGGAUGAUAAUGAAUCUAUUGAGCUUUUCAGUUGGCAUGCGUUUAAGCAAGCACUUCCCGAAAGAAAUUUCAUUGAACUUUCGAGAAGAGUAGUAUCAUACUGUGGAGGGCUGCCACUAGCUCUUGAAAUCCUUGGCUCAUAUUUGUUUGACAGGGAAAGACCUUAUUGGGAAAAUGCUUUGAGUAAAUUGAAACAAAUUCCUAAUUGUAAAAUAUAUGAAAUUCUAAAGAUAAGCUAUGAUGGUUUGAGUGAUAAAAUGGAGCAAGAGCUAUUCCUAGACAUAUGUUGUUUUUUCAUUGGAAAGGAUAGAAGUUAUGCAACUCAAGUACUAGAUGGCUGUGGACUCUAUGCAGAAAUUGGAAUUACCCAUCUAAUUGAGCGAAGCCUUGUAAAAGUUGUAAAAUUUGAAAACAAAAACGUACUUGAUAUGCACGACUUGCUACGUGAUAUGGGAAGAGAAAUCAUUCGUGAACAAUCACCAGAGGAGCCAGAGAAGCGUACAAGAUUAUGGUUUAAUGAUGAUGUGUUGAAUGUGCUAGGAAACAACAUAGGAACAAUAGCUAUCAAGGGAUUGUCUUUAAACAUGCCAAGAAACAAUUCAAUACCCUUGAGUACCAAGGCAUUUAAGAAGAUGAAGAGGCUUCGUUUACUCAACUUUGAUAAUGUACAACUUGAUGGAGACUAUGGUCAUCUAUCAAAAGAACUUAGAUGGCUU